CUCAUAAACCUCACUACUAAGGCUUCGUAAGUUAAUCCAGAAACGAUGGCUCAGUAUUGCGGAAAAUGGAUCACAACGACCGACAGAAAAAGGAAUGCCUCGAUUUAGACGAUCUUUUACCCCAAGUAGGCGAAUUUGGUCUGUACCAGAAGCUAAUGCUGUGGUUCGUAUGCCUCCCGGCGUGUUUCCCCUGCGGCUUUUGCGCUUUUAACCAGCUCUUCAUGACCCACACACCAGACCACUGGUGCAAAACCCCCCACAUUUUUAAUUUUACCGCAGAACAACGCAGAAAUAUUUUCAUUCCAAAGCACAACAAAACGUUCUCCAAGUGUUUAAGGUAUACGUUAAAUUGGACAGACGUUUGGGACGGUGACGAAACCAGGAUUAACGCAUCGUGGCCCACGGAACAAUGCACUGACGGCUGGGAGUUUGAAAAUGAUACAACGUCAAGCAUAAUCACAGAUUUUGAACUGGUUUGUGAUAAAAGUAUAUACCCCACUUUAGGUUUAGUGGCUUUAAAUCUGGGUGGGCCGGUGGGUGUAUACUAUUUUGGUUUACUUAACGACAGCAUAGGUCGAAAAAAGUCGUUCUUCGUAUGUCUUACGACUUUACUAGUUGGUAGUGUUUUCACAGCAACUGCGCAAAAUUUUUGGUGGUGGGCUGCCAGUAGAACUAUAGUAGGGCUUACAAUACCAGCCAUCUAUCAGAUACCUUUCAUUAUUUCCCUCGAGUUAGUAGGUCCCAACUACCGCUCCUUCGUUACAGUCAUGGUGUGUUUAUUUUACACCUUAGGUUUACUCAUGUUGUCUGCAAUUACAUAUUUGGUUCGCGACUGGGUUCAUUUAACAAUUGCUACAUCACUACCGUUCGUUCUAUAUUACUUCUACUGGUUCGUACUACCCGAAAGUCCUCGUUGGUUACUCGCGAAGGGUCGCUUUGAAGAAGCGUCCAAAAUUCUAGAAACUCUGGCCAGAGUUAACAAAAAAGAAUUACCGUCCAGUUUCAAGCAACAAUUAAAGCAAAAAAUGUUCUGUCGAAGAACGUUGAGCGAAGAGGAACGUUACAAUAAAACUCCCCGGUGUUCAGAACUGUGUUCGACCCCAAACAUGAGGCUAAAAACCAUACUUAUUACGUUAAACUGGUUUUCCAAUGAGGUGGUUUAUGUUGGUUUGAGUUACUACGGGCCGUCUAUGGGUAGUGACGAAAGCAUGAGUUUUUUUCUUUCUUCGGCUAUAGAAAUUCCGAGUUAUUUGAUGUGUUGGUUGAUGAUGGACAGAUGGGGGAGGCGGUGGCCGUUGUGUUUGUGUAUGAUUGUGAGUGGCGUUUGUUGUAUUGUCACCAUUCUAAUACCAGAUGAUUCUGUUGGGUUGCUUCUGGCUUUUUUCUUGAUGGCAAAGUCGGCGAUUGCUGCGUCGUUUCUUAUAAUUUAUCCGUUUGCUGGGGAGUUAUUUCCAACGCAGUUGCGUGGAAUUGGGAUUGGAGUGGCUGCGUAUAUUGGAGGUUUGGGACGUAUUAUAAUACCAUUUAUUACUUUCUUGGGCUCGGAAAUGGUAGUUUUGCCUCUUUUAAUAAUGGGGAUAAUCUCUGUUGUUGGUGGAGUCGUUGGAUUGAGGUUACCAGAGACACUUCACCAUCGAUUGCCCCAGACAUUAGACGAGGGAGAAGAGUUUGGAAAAGAUUUUACGGUUCAAGAUUGCUGCAGAUGCAUUCCUUUAAAACCGGACGCUUCUAAAGAGAAUUUCGACGAUUUAGAACUUGAACCCAUGAACUCUGAAGCACCCGAGGACACGCCCUUGAAUCACCCAGUUCUGCGAAAAAUUUCAGUUCACCGACUUGUACGACAAGCAAGUAUAAUGGACACACCUAAAGACGCUGAUGGAAGUAUGAAAAUUACCAACUGGUUUUAAAUUAUAUUAAAUUAUUACAUUUAAAAAAUUCUGUAUUUGUAUUUUUAAGGUGAACUUAAAAUUUUGUUGCAACAGUAUCCUGAAGGUAAGGUCGCAUAUUGUAAUUGUUUAUCGCAAUAAAGUGUUACUGUAA